AUGUGUCGGGCAAGAUUGCUGUUGGUUGCGCUUGUGAUUGGAUUGAGUCAAGCUAGAACGGUGCCAAGUCGUAGCAGACAAGCAGUGAAAGCAUACGCGUACGUGCUGCCAGCCGGUGCCGAGGAAAUACGUGAUGACAUUAACCAUUCAUUUGUAUGUGCGAAUCGAACCGACGGAUUCUACGUUGACAUUGAUAAUGACUGUCAGAUUUUUCAUCGAUGCCAGGACCGAGCCCGUUUCAGUUUCAUUUGUGCUGAGAAGACCGUGUUCAGCCAAAUGUAUCAAACCUGUGUGCACGAUGGCCAGCUAGGAUUCCCGUGUGAGGAUUCUGCGGAAUUCUUUCCGGAUGGUGACGGAACCUCCAACGAAGGACAAGAAAGCAACAGUGACACCGGGAAACUUUCCUUUCAAUCUAGCACGGCAGCUGCAAUUCCUUCCCAGAUUUUGAUUGCACCAGAAGAGUCACCCAAACCGGUGGCAGCUGCGGAUGAGGAGGAGCAGUCCGCUGGAUCCGUGAUAAUGCCAACCAGUGACAAUUUUGUCAAUGAAAUUGACUACCACCAGUUGAAUGCAGACACUUUUGAUCCGAUUGAAGAUAACGAAAGUGAGAAUACAGCACAGGAAGUGGUGGAUCAAGCUGAUCAAUUAGCCUCGGUCGAUGUGAAUCAAGUUGCUUCAGAAAAUAGCGAUAGUACUCAGGAGAUAGAGGUUAAUGAUGAGGAUCACGUAAUUGAGAAUCAUGAUAAUCCAUCGCCGGUGGAGCAAGAAAAUGCACAUGAUGCUGUAGUAAGCAACGAGAUCAUUACAGAAGACAACGGUCAACAGGUGGCCGGGAUUACUAUUCCAGUAAAUAACCCCUCAGUAGAAUCCCAAUCUCUACUACAUGAUAAUGUCCAAAUCAUCGAAGAAUCUGAGCCCAUUGUACACGACGUCCAUGAAGCAGAACUAGGAACGACAGUUCCUAGUUUCAAGAUAGGAGCUCAGUCUGAAUCAGUUGAUGUCCAACCCUUGGCACCAACGGAUGUCACAAUUAAUGCAGCAGAGCCGGAAACAAAGCUAAUUAAUGAUGCAAACGUUCAACAACCGAAUUUGGAAAAUGUCGUUGCCAAAAUUGAACUCAAUAAAGAUAGUAGUGAAGAAAGUGAACAGAAGGUUGAUGAACCGUUGAACGUAGAAAGUUCGCCCAACGAGCAAGUACAAACUCCCACGAACGAACCAAUUGCGGAGCUGCUGACACCGGAAGAUGAUUCACAAUUGAUACCAUCGAUUACCAUCACACCGCAAGCGAUCGAUCAGUCAGCGGCUAACGAAAUCCACCCGUUGCUUGCGGCCACACUUGCCGAACGGCUUGCGGGUCAGCCGUCGAUGAUCAAUCUACCUGAGUUUAUCGUCUCGACAGUGGCGGACCUCCGAAAAGGUGUCCCUUCGCCGCCGUUGCGGCGGAGAAAAACAUUCCUAUUUAAAGCGGAUGCGAUUUCCACGUAAUGUACGCUGUUUUAGGGCGAUGACAU